GGCAGCCUCGAGGAAGUGCGAGAAUGAAGUUGUGGAGCUGAGAUUCCCCUCCGAAGCGCGCAGAGAGCCGAGCGGAGCCCCCCCGGCAGCUGCCCGCCCCUUCGCGGGGAGCCCUCUCGGCGCGGAGCUCCCGGCCCCUGCGCGCGCCGCCCCCCCAGCCUGGUCCAGCCGGAGCCAUGGGACCCGAGCCGCGGUGAGGACAAUGGAGCUGGCGGCCUGGUACCGCUGGGGGCUCCUCCUCGCCCUCCUGCCCCCCGGAGCCGCGGGCACCCAAGUGUGCACCGGCACAGACAUGAAGCUGCAGUUCCCAGCCAGUCCUGAGACCCACCUGGACAUGCUGCGCCACCUCUACCAGGGCUGUCAGGUGGUGCAGGGUAACCUGGAGCUCACCCACCUGCCUGGCAAUGCCAGCCUCUCCUUCCUACAGGAUAUCCAGGAGGUGCAGGGCUACGUGCUCAUCGCUCACAGCCAAGUGACACAGGUCCCGCUGCAGAGGCUGCGAAUCAUCCGAGGCACCCAGCUCUUUGAGGACAACUAUGCCCUGGCCGUGCUGGACAACGGAGACAGCGCCACCCCAGGAGGGCUGCGGGAGCUGCAGCUUCGAAGCCUCACAGAGAUCCUGAAGGGAGGGGUGUUGAUGCAGCGGAACCCACAGCUCUGCCACCAGGACACGGUCCUGUGGAAGGACAUCUUCCACAAGAACAACCGGCUGGCCCUCCUGCAGAUAGACACCAACCGCUCACGGGCCUGCAAACCCUGUUAUCCAUCCUGCAACCCUUCCCACUGCUGGGGAGAGAGUUCCAAGGACUGUCAGAUCUUGACUCGAACUCUGUGUGCCAGCGGCUGUGCCCGCUGCAAGGGCUCACUGCCCACCGACUGCUGCCACGAGCAGUGUGCUGCCGGCUGCACGGGCCCCAAGCACUCUGACUGCCUGGCCUGCCUCCACUUCAACCACAGUGGCAUCUGUGAGCUGCACUGCCCAGCCCUGGUCACCUACAACACGGACACCUUUGAGUCCAUGCCCAACCCCGAGGGCCGCUACACCUUUGGUGCCAGCUGUGUGACCACCUGUCCCUACAACUACCUGUCAACGGACGUGGGAUCCUGCACCCUGGUCUGUCCCCUGAACAACCAAGAGGUGACAGCUGAGGACGGAACACAGCGGUGUGAGAAGUGCAGCAAGCCCUGUGCCCGAGUGUGCUAUGGGCUGGGCAUGGAACACCUGCGGGAGGCGAGGGCAGUCACCAGUGCCAAUAUCCAGGAGUUUGCCGGCUGCAAGAAGAUCUUUGGGAGCCUGGCGUUUCUGCCAGAGAGCUUUAAGGGGAACUCCACCUCCAACACUGCCCCCCUGGAGCCUGAGCAGCUCAGAGUGUUUGAGACCUUGGAGGAGAUCACAGGUUACCUGUACAUCUCGGCGUGGCCAGACAGCAUGCCUGACCUCAGUGUCUUCCAGAACCUGCAAGUGAUCCGGGGACGCGUUCUAUAUGACGGCGCCUACUCGCUGACCCUGCAAGGACUGGGCAUCCGAUGGCUGGGGCUGCGCUCGCUGCGGGAACUGGGCAGUGGGCUGGCCCUCAUCCACCGCAACGCCCACCUCUGCUUUGUCCACACGGUGCCCUGGGACCAGCUCUUCCGGAACCCUCACCAGGCCCUGCUCCACAGUGCCAACCGGCCAGAGGAUGAGUGUGUGGGUGAGGGCCAGGCCUGCUACCCGCUGUGCGCCCACGGGCACUGCUGGGGUCCGGGGCCCACCCAGUGUGUCAACUGCAGCCAGUUCCUUCGGGGCCAGGAGUGCGUGGAGGAGUGCCGAGUACUGCAGGGGCUCCCCAGGGAGUACGUGAAGGAUAGGUACUGUCUGCCUUGCCACCCCGAGUGCCAGCCCCAGAAUGGCUCAGCGACCUGCUUAGGAUCGGAGGCCGACCAGUGUGUGGCCUGCGCCCACUACAAGGACUCUCCCUUCUGUGUGGCCCGGUGCCCCAGUGGCGUGAAGCCUGACCUCUCCUUCAUGCCCAUCUGGAAGUUCCCCGACGAGGAGGGCACGUGCCAGCCAUGCCCCAUCAACUGCACCCACUCCUGCGUGGACCUGGAUGAGAAGGGCUGCCCCGCCGAGCAGAGAGCCAGCCCUGUGACGUCCAUCAUUGCUGCUGUGGUGGGCAUUCUGCUGGUCAUGGUCGUGGGGGUAGUCCUCGGCAUCCUAAUCAGGAGAAGGCGGCAGAAGAUCCGGAAGUACACGAUGCGGAGGCUGCUGCAGGAAACGGAGCUGGUGGAGCCGCUGACGCCUAGCGGGGCGAUGCCCAACCAGGCUCAGAUGCGGAUCCUCAAAGAGACGGAGCUGAGGAAGGUGAAGGUGCUCGGAUCCGGAGCUUUUGGCACCGUCUACAAGGGCAUCUGGAUCCCCGAUGGGGAGAACGUGAAGAUCCCAGUGGCCAUCAAAGUGUUGAGGGAAAACACAUCUCCCAAAGCCAACAAAGAAAUCUUGGAUGAAGCAUAUGUGAUGGCUGGUGUGGGCUCCCCUUAUGUGUCGCGCCUCCUGGGCAUCUGCUUGACCUCCACGGUGCAGCUGGUGACACAGCUCAUGCCCUACGGCUGCCUCCUGGACCACGUCCGCGAACACCGCGGGCGCCUGGGCUCCCAGGACCUGCUGAACUGGUGUGUGCAGAUUGCCAAGGGAAUGAGCUACCUGGAGGAAGUGCGGCUUGUGCACAGGGACCUGGCUGCCCGGAACGUACUGGUCAAGAGUCCCAACCACGUCAAGAUCACAGACUUUGGGCUGGCUCGGCUGCUGGACAUCGACGAGACGGAGUACCAUGCAGAUGGGGGCAAGGUGCCCAUCAAGUGGAUGGCGCUGGAGUCCAUUCUCCGCCGACGGUUCACCCACCAGAGUGAUGUGUGGAGCUACGGUGUGACUGUGUGGGAGCUGAUGACUUUUGGGGCCAAACCUUACGAUGGGAUCCCAGCCCGGGAGAUCCCUGACCUGCUGGAGAAGGGGGAGCGGCUGCCCCAGCCGCCCAUCUGCACCAUCGAUGUCUACAUGAUCAUGGUCAAAUGUGCGUGUUGUCCCCAGAGUGGCGGUGGUGAACUGACACUGGGGCUGGAGCCCCCAGAGGAGGAGCCCCCGAAAUCUCCACUGGCGCCCUCCGAGGGGGCGGGCUCUGAUGUGUUUGAGAGCGACUUGGGAAUGGGGGCGGCCAAGGGGCUGCAGAGCCUCUCCCCACAUGACCCCAGCCCUCUACAGCGGUACAGUGAGGACCCCACAGUGCCCCUGCCCCCUGAGGCUGAUGGCUACGUUGCCCCUGCGACCUGCAGUCCCCAGCCAGAAUACGUGAACCAGCCAGAGGUCCGCCCGAAGCCCCCCUCACCCCUAGAGGGCCCCCUGCCGCCUCCUCGAUCUGCCAGUGCCACUCUGGAAAAGCCCAAGACUCUCUCCCCCAAGACUCUGUCCCCUGGGAAGAACGGGGUUGUCAAAGACGUUUUUGCCUUUGGGGGUGCCGUGGAGAACCCUGAGUACCUGGCACCCCGCGGCAGGGCUGCCCCUCAGCCCCACCCUCCUCCUGCCUUCAGUCCAGCCUUUGACAACCUCUAUUACUGGGACCAGGACCCAUCCGAGCGUGGCUCUCUGCCCAGCACCUUUGAAGGGACCCCUACGGCAGAGAACCCCGAGUACCUGGGUCUGGAUGCGCCAGUGUGAGCCAAAAGGCCAAGUCUGCUUAGGCCCUGCUGAACCCGCGGGGAGUGGGGAAGGCCUGACUUCCGGCCUGUGUCAGGACCCUGUGUCAGGACAACGUGGGGAAGGGCCCUUGGACCAUAUCGGUGGAGCCCGCCAUGCCAGGCACCUUCUUUCCUCUUCCAGUUCCCAGGUGGCUCGGAGGAGCUCAGCCUGGUUGGAAGAGGAGGCAGCAUCCGGAAGGAGUCCUGUCCCAGCAGACUCUAGGGUCCAAUGGAUGCCACAGCCACAGUCUCCUCACCUGAGGGAGCAGCCCAGCCUGGCUCUCUCCUUCCACAUCCCCGGCACUGAAGGACUUAGGGGAGCUGGGCCCAGGAGGGGAAGAGGCCCCAAAGAAGUGUCGAGGGCAAGAACAGUCCACUCAGAGACUGUCUCUGAGCCCUAGCGCUGCCCCCAGGGAGAAGGGACAGCAGCAGUGCCCAGGUCUAGUCCUUGUACAGAGUGCUUCCUUUGAUUUGUUUUUACUUACGGUUUUUUUUGUGUUUUGUUUUUUAAAAAAAAGAUAAAAUAAGGACUCGGGGAGAGUGGGUAUUGUGGAAGGGGGAGUGGUCCCUGGGGUUGGGGAUGUCCUUUCUCCACACCCACUUUCUCCAUCUGCAAAUACAUUUUGGAAAACAGCUGGGCACCAG